AAAAACGACUUGAUGACGGAAACGAUCAAUCUCUUUCUUAAAAUACAGCUGAGAGAAUUCAAGCAAUUCCAACAGUGGGAGAAAGCUCAGUGAGAGUGAAAAGGAAACACAGACAGACUCGAGAGACGUGCAAUAAAGAGAAAGGCAAUGAAAACAGAUGUUAUAUUGAGGCUGUUCCCAGCAAUGUGCCCUCAUCAAAGUCUUUGACACAGUCCAGAGUCCACAUUUGUUUCACUGCAUUGUUGCAUAAAGAAGAUUAAACUAAAAAAAAAAUUGUUGAAUCUUGUUGUGGCUUGUUUCAUCAAGAUUGUUCAGUAAGUGUAUGAGUAUGUGGUGUAUGGUAUAGCACAAUUUUUGGACUACAAUGAUGUCUUUGUUGUUCGCGGUAGAACCUUGAGAGCUGGGAAGGGUUAAACAUUGUGUGAAACCUGACUCCUCCCUGCUGAGCUACUCUGUGGACCGCAUCAGGAUCCUUGCAUAUAUUUUUUUUUUCCACCACCAUGGCUUUAGGACUGACCCGAUGUCUGGUGAAAAGAAACGGGGGCUGGCCGCUGCCCGGCCCCGCUGCCAUGGCCAGGGUCCACUCCAGGUGUCCGGGAAGCACCUCGUUCGCCACAGUUGUCCAGCACAAGCCUCGGACAGUGAAGGACCUACCACAUGUCAGCUUCUUAGAGAUGGUCUACAGGAUGGUGUGUCAGGGUUUCUACAAACGCAUGCACGAGUUACAGAUCUAUGAGAAGCGGCGAUAUGGGCCCAUAUACAGAGACGGGUUCAAGUCGGUGUCUGUGAACACUCCACAGCUACUGGAGGAGGUCAUGAGGCACGAUGACAAGUUCCCCUGUCGAGGAGACAUGUCUCUGUGGAAAGAUUAUCGCGACAUGAGGGGAGUUGGAUACGGACCUUUCACAGUGGAGGGGGAGCAGUGGCAGAACCUGAGGUCCACGUUGAACAAGCGUAUGCUGCACCCCAAAGACUCUGCACAGUACGGAGGAACGAUCAAUGAUGUGGUCACUGACUUCAUCAAGAGGAUCUACUUUCUACGCCAGUGCAGCCCCACGGGAGACCUGGUAACCAACAUGGCCAACGAGCUCCAUCAUUUUUCACUGGAGGGUAUCGCGUCCAUUCUGUUUGAGACGAGGCUCGGGUGUCUGGAGGAGGAGAUUCCUGAGGGCACCCAGGAUUUCAUCAGUGCCAUAGAGCAGAUGUUCGCAAACAGCAUGGCCGUGGUGCUGACACCCAAGUGGAGCCGCAGUCUGCUGCCCUACUGGAAACGCUACAUCGCUGGCUGGGACGGCAUCUUCAACUUUGCUAAAGAGUUGAUUAAUAAGAAGAUGGAGGACAUUCAGCGGCGUGUGGACAGCAGCCAGGAUGUGGAGGGCGAAUACCUCACAUACCUCCUCUCAAACUCUCAGCUGAGCAUGAGGGAUGUGUACGGCAGCAUCACCGAGCUGCUGUUAGCGGGAGUGGACACGACAUCCAACACCCUCGCUUGGGCGUUGUACCUGCUGUCCAGGGACCUUGAAAGCCAAGACCGACUUUAUAAAGAAGUGUCCUCAUUGGUGCUGGCAGAUCGAGUCCCCUCCACUGCUGAGAUCACGCACAUGCCAUAUUUAAGGGCCGUUAUCAAGGAAGCUCUGAGGAUGUAUCCCGUCGUCCCUAUGAAUGCAAGGAUCAUGUCAGAGGACGUCGCUAUUGGUGGAUAUGAAUUAUCAAAGAAAACUCCUUUCAUUCUCUGUCACUACGCGAUCAGUCACGACGAAGACACUUUCCCAGAACCGUUCACAUUCAGGCCGGAGCGAUGGCUGCGCGACGGCCGCAAGUUGCCGAACCCCUUCGGCUCCAUCCCGUUUGGCUUUGGCGUGAGAGGCUGCGUCGGCCGACGGAUCGCUGAGCUCGAGAUGUAUAUGCUCAUGUUUCAUCUCAUCCGCCUUUUUGAGAUCAAACCGGACACAACAAUGGGAGAGUUAAAAUGCAUCAGCCGCACUGUUCUGGUACCAGAUCAGCCAGUCAAUCUCCACCUUGUGGCCAGGAGACGCGAGGACGCAGGUUGACAUGCGUUGGCAGAUGUGAGUGAUGUAUUAUAAAUGAAUUCAAAUGUUGCAGCGGCUUUAAACGUGUAAAACAUUUUAAAUGGAUCUUUAAUAAGGUCAGUUUUUUUUUGGUUUUUUUUGUAAUUAUAUGACUGACCUUUUAACGUUUGUGGUCAGGAAAUGUUAAUGCAAGACGUUUUUUAAGUGGACAGCUAUGGUUUUUAAUUUGUAUUACAGAGAUGUCUUUGUCUGUGUUUUUGAGGGGGGGAAAUAAACGUUUUUGAAUCAAA